AUUUUUCACUAGUGGUAUAGUCGGAUGUUGUGAGGUAGUUUAAGGUUCCGUUUCUGGCGCGUUUCGGUCAGUAGGAGGUGAGCCGCGGGUGUUUAGGCGUCUACCGGUAAAUAAUAACCAUGUACCGACACAGGGACAGCCGCACUGACGAGCCCCGAUCUCAACCGCCCACCCGCUGGUCUCAGGGCCGUAAGCGCCAAUCAGAUGGGAAUUUUAGGCGACGUAAAGAUGAAGAGGAGACCGUCUUUAAUGAAAAGUCUUCCCUCAGCAGUGACCGCCGUCCUGACAGGCUGACCUCUCGGCGUUCCUUUCCUACCAGUUUCACUACACCGGAGAGCCACAGACCAGUGUCCAGAUGUAAGGAUUGGGGGUCAGCCGUUGAAGAGGAAGAAAACUUGAUGGAAACUGUUGAGAAAGACCUAGCACGGUACCGAAGAAAACUGCUUGUUCAUGAGUUUGGUCCCAGAGAACGGAAAUCCUCAUCUGGAAGCUCUGAUUCAAAGGAAUCUUCAAACAAUGGAGAAAUGGAAACUGACCCAGCAGUUCUUGCCAGGAGACAAAAGCAAAUUAACUAUGGAAAGAACACAAUUGCAUAUGACAGAUAUGUCAAAGCUGUUCCAAGACACACGAGACAGCAAAAAGUUCAUCCGCGAACCCCAAAUAAGUUUAAGAAAUACAGCCGUCGAUCUUGGGACCAACAGAUAAAACGUUGGCGCAUUGCCCUUCAUGAAUGGGAUCCUCCAAAAGAGGAAGCAGAUGACCUACAACCGUUUUCUGAAGAUAUGAUCUGUUCACCUACUAAAGCAGCAUCUGAGGAUAACCUUUUUUCAGGCACUCCAACCAAAGUCAGAAAAGUGGAGGAGGGGGCAGGCGGAUUUGACUUGGACGCCUGCUUAAAUGAAGACUCUGAGUCUGAAGAGUCUGAAUUUGCUCAGUUAAGUGUCUGCUGAUGGAAACGCGCUCUCCCUGCAUGCUCAGUAGAUGACACCUUUACUGGGAUGGAUCUUAUACCUGCUGCUUAUUUUGCAGCUUCAUAUAGAACUUUAUGCUGGAGCUUAAAAAAAAAAAAAAAAAUAUGGUAUUGGUGCUGGCAGCUAUACAUAUAUUUGGAUGGAGCACUUGAUACUGGAACAAAUGUGCUGACAAUGCUUUGUCAACACUGGAGUGGAUGCCUCUAGUUUCUCGGGAUAAGUUGUAACUUAUGUUCAUGAUUUGGUUAUAUACUUGGUGUACUUUAAUCUCAGGUAACACAUUGUACAGACUUUUGACUGCUUUCAUACCUUGCUUUUACUGCAUAUAUCCUGUAAAUGCCACUUGCUCUUAAAAUAAAAUAAAAAAAUUGAAGAAAAAAAUUAAAUGGUGGCCGUAUGUGUAUAACCUGAGACAUGAAUACAAUCUGCUUUUAUACGGUCUAUUCCAAGACAAAGGCCAAUGAGAAGCAUUCAGUCCUUUUGCCUCUUGAGUCUGCUUUGGUAAUGUGAGAUUUGGAUGUGACGAUUUAAGUUAUUUUUCUGUUCUCCUUGCUUAAAAUUUUGUGGACAUUUGGAUAUUUUGUUAAUCUGGAAUUGAACUUUAUUACUAGAUGCAUUAUUUAUGGAAUAACUUGGGAGCCCUGCUUUCACAGUUGGCCCAAAGUAUUGCCCACAUUGGUGUGCCAGGUACUGACCUGAACACUGAGGCACAAACUGGGGCAUGAUCAGACUUGGCAAUUUGUUUAAAGGAGUUUGCCACUACUUUAAAACUUAUUUUACAUGCUGCAGAUAGAGGAUAAUUAUCUGAUUGCCAGGGGUCCGAUGGGUGGGACUCCCUGCGAUCUUCAGAACGAGACAAGCACUCCAUACACUGUCUAUGGGAGUUCUGGAGUACAGUACUCGUGUAUCUCUGGCUCUCCUAUAGAGAAUGCAUGGAGCACAUGCAAACCACCGCUUCAUUCACAGGUUCUGGAGAUCAUGUUGGGUCCCCCUGAGAUCAGAAACUUAUCCCCUAUCCUGAGUUUUAAAGUAGAGUACUCCAUUAAGCCUGUGUUCAUGGUGUAAUGGCCAUACCAGUUUAUUGCAGCUCUGCACCCUUUUGCUUCAGUGGGAGCUGAGCUACACCAUGGACUAAGCCAGGGUGCCUCCAGCUGUUGCAAAACUACAACUCUCCGCAUGCCCGGACAGCUGUUGGCUGUCCGGGCAUGCUGGGAGUUGUAGUUUUGCAACAGCUGGAGGCACCCUGGUUGGGGAAACACUGGACUAAGCAGUUUUUCAACCACCUUUCACUAUGCAUGCUGGACAGCUGAUGUCACCCCAUGGAUCAUAUGUAUGGCCAGUCCUGAUCACAGGCAAUUGCUGUAGAAUUACCUUUGCCCUUUUUAAAGUCAAUUGGGUAGCAAUGAAAUCUGCAAAAAUUCUGCAGCAGAUUGUGUGAACGUACCUUUUUCUUACAGCUAAGGGGUUGUUGUUGUAAUUGAUGUGAUGGCAGCAGUGGUUAAUAUUUUGGUUUUGCUCGAUCUCCUCUUGUUUACCUUGGUUGGUUGGUUGAGGUUGGUAGCCAGGAGCGAAGUUUGCAGUCUGAACUCAAAGUGUAGGGAGUUCACUCUGCAGGGCGGUAACCCCUGCUUAUAGUGACGGCAAGGGAGCAUAUGGGUCUAUUCACAUGUGCAGAAUUGAUGCUGCAGAUUUGAAGGUCAUUCAGUUUACAUUAAAAUAUGCAGCAUCAAAUAUGUGCAGUAUACUGUACAUGUGAACAGGCCCUGAAGGUGCAUUUACAUCUGGGACCCCUGCAAUCUCCAUAACAGGGUCCCAGAUCUCCCCCUGCUAAAUGAAGGGUGGGGUCGGCACACACUCCAUGCGUUCUCUGGGAGCACUGGAGAUACUGGAGUAAAUCACUGUUAUCUCCAGCAUUCCCAAUGACAAUGCAUGGAACGCAUGCGCUAGGGGAAAUUCUCUCAUGCCCUGGGGAGUUAAAGGCUUCCCAGAGGUCACUUUGCUCAUGAUCCAACACUUCACACUUAUACCAUUGUUUCCCAACCAGAGUGCCUCCAGCUGUUGCUAAAAUGGCACUCAAACCAUGCCAAUGGUUGUCCAGGUAUGCUGGGAAUUGUAGUUUUGCAGUAGCUAGAGGCACCCUGGUUGGGAAGCACUGCCUUAUACCGUAGCUAGAGGCUAUUCUGUGCUGGAUUACACCUCUUAAUUGCCUACAGUGUAUAAAUUGCAGAAAAGUCCUCUGGGCUCCUGACAGAGCCCACUUAAAGGGGUACUUUGGGAAUUUUUUUUUUUACUGGUGCCAGAAAGUUAAACAGAUUUGUAAAUUACUUCUAUUAAAAAUCUUAAUCCAUCCAGUACUAAUCAGCUGCUAUAUAAUACAGAGGAAGUUAAUUUCUCUUUUGAAUUUCUUUUGUCUGACCACAGGACUAUGUUGACACCUCUGUUCAUGUCUGGAACUGUCCAGAGCAGAAGAGGUUUGCUUUGGGGAUUUGCUCCUACUCUGGACAGUUCCUGACAUGAACAGAGGUGUCAGCAGAGAACACUGUGGUCAUGACAAAAGAAAUCCAAAAAAUGUCCUCUGUAGUUAUACACCCGCUAAGAAGUACUAGAAGGAUUAAGAUUUUGUAAUUUAUUUACAAAUGUAUAACUGUUUGACACCAGUUAAUUUAAAAAAACAUAAAUUCUCCCAGAGUACCCCUUUAAGGGUAGGUUCACACCUAUUCAGUGCAAACUUCAGUGGAAUAAGUCAACAAUCCAGGAGAAUAAGAUGCUGCCGUAUACCACAGCAGGAUCCCACAGAUCUAAACCUUUUAAUGUGCCAAGUGUAGUAUAAAUGAUUGUUCAGCACAUUUGCAAUGUGUCAGUCUUUUUUAGACCGCAUCCAGCACAUAGAAAAACAGGAUGGCGCAUCCUUCAUUUCAUUCACUCAACAAAGUGGCAUUAGUCUCUCUAAAUCCAACUUCUACCUCCAAAUAUGGUCAGUCAGGGUUUUCAGUGUGGUUAGUUGUGCCCAUGAAUCUUGUUUGAGAUGGCUUAUACAUUAAACGGGUACUUUUUUAUUUUUAACUGGUGCCAAAAAGUUAGAUUUGUAAAUGGCUUCCAUUAAAAAAAAAUUAUUGAUCCUUCCAGUACUUAUUGGCGGCUGUAAUAUUGCAGAGCAAAUUCCUUUCUUUUUGAAUUUCUUUUCUGUCUGACCACAGUGCGCUCUGACACAUCUUUCCAUUUUAGCAACUGUCCAGAGCAGGAGAGGUUUGCUAUGGGGGUUAUCUCCUGCUCUGGACAGUUCCUGACAUGGACAGAGGUGUCAGCAGAGAGCACUGUGGUAAGACCAAGGUAAUUCAAAAAUACUUUCUCUGUAGAAUACAGCAGAUAAGUACUGGAAGGAUAAAGAUUUUGUAAAGGAAUUUACAAAUCUGUUUUGGCACCAGUUGAGUGUUCCACCGGAGUACCCAUUUUAGUUGAUAGAAUAGUGCUUAAGGGGGGUGGGGAAAUGCUCCCUGUGCCAUUUUAGGUUCUAUAGUAGAUUUCUUUAUGGCUUUGCAUUAGGGAUCGACCGAUAUUGUUUUUUCGGGCCGAUAAUCGGUGUAGGUUAAGGCCAAUAGCCAAUAACGUAUACCGAUAUUCCGGUAUAAGUUAUCGGCUAUUUAUCCCCACGCGACCCCACUGCAGAUCAUUGAUUUAAAGCGGGCGCUUUAAAUCAACGCACUGCAGUGGCUUUUGCGGUGCCAUAGACCGCCGCCGCCGCCACCCGCUUCUCUCCCCCUGCUUGUCUGGGGGUCCUGAGACCUAUCACCGCCACCGACCCGCCUCCCCAGCCCCAUUGCCUCCCCCAUCCCCGGUUUUAUAAUUACCUGUUCCCGGGGUCCACUCUACAUCUUGCUUGUGUGGCGUCCUCCUGAAC